GUGUCUCGCGAGUGGCGCGUCGAAGGUCCAGGCGCCGCGCGACUGAGCGCGCGAGCCCGCCCCAGCGCGCGAGUCCGCCCCCGCCAUGACGAGCCGCUAUGACCGCGCGAUCACGAUCUUCAGCCCCGACGGGAAGCUGUUCCAGAUCGACUACGCCUUCGAGGCCGUGAAGAAGGGGGCGGCGACGGUGGGCGUCACGGGCGCGACCUGCGUCGUGCUCGGCGUGGAGCGCAAGGCCGUGGCGAAGCUCCAGGAGGCGCGGACGAUCCGCAAGGUCGUCAAGCUCGACGAGAAGAUCACGCUGGCCUUCGCGGGGCUGACGGCGGACGCGCGCGUGCUCGUGCAGAAGGCGCGCGUCGAGGCGCAGUCCUACCGGCUCACGUGCGAGGACGCGCCGAGCGUCGAGUACAUGGCGCGGUUCCUCGCGCGGACGCAGCAGCGGUACACGCAGCGCGGCGGCGUGCGGCCCUUCGGCGUGUCGUCGAUCCUCGCCGGCUUCGACUCCGCGUCGGGCAAGCCCCUCAUGUACCAGAUCGACCCGAGCGGCACCUACUUCUCCUGGAAGGCCAACGCCAUCGGCGGCCGCAACUCCAAGUCCAUGCGCGAGUACCUCGAGAAGGAGUGGUCCGCGGGGCUCCAGGACGACGAGGCGACCGAGCUCUGCGUGAAGACGCUCCUCGAGGUCGUCGACUCCGGCGCCAAGAACAUGGAGGUCGUCGUCCUCAAGCGCGGGCCCGACGGCGUCCAGACGGAGCAGACCCUGCCCGACGACGUCCUCGACGCCGUCAUCGCGAAGAUCGAGGCCGCGCGCGAGGAGUCCAAGGAGGAGGCCAAGGACGCGGAGAUGAAGGACUAGGAGCGCGUGCCGACGGCCGCCGCCCCUACGCCGAAACCCGGGCGUCCCGUUCCGAAACCGAAACCUAACCGAUACGACGC